UUUGCCUAUAAAAACCCAACUCUGCCUCUCUUCAUGUUGCCCCUUCGCUCUCUGUUAUAGAUUAGAAAACAUUAUUACAAUCUCUUACCCUCUGUUUCUUGUUCUUUAAAGGCUCUUCCUUUUAUUAGCUUACUGCUUACCUAGUUUUUGAAGCCGGACCUCUGCUCAAGUUCCUUGCUGGUUAUCUUACCAUCAAGAGAGAAAUGGAAUACGAGGACCUAUAUAGACUAGCUCAGAGGCCUAAAUAUGAUUGCCUUCUGUUUGAUCUCGAUGAUACCCUUUAUCCCCUUAGUUCUGGUCUUGCCGGAGAAUGUGGAAAGAAUAUUAAGGAGUACAUGGUUGAAAAGCUGGGAAUAGCAAAGGACAAAAUUGUUGAAUUGUCCAACCUGUUGUAUAGGAAUUAUGGGACAACAAUGGCUGGCCUUAGGGCAGUUGGUUAUGACUUUGACUAUGAUGAAUACCAUAGUUAUGUCCAUGGAAGACUCCCUUACGAGAACUUGAAACCGGAUCCUCAAUUGAGGAGUCUGUUGCAGACCUUGCCUCUUCGAAAAAUUAUCUUCACAAAUGCAGACAAAGUCCAUGCAGCCAAAGCUCUUAGUAAACUUGGAUUAGAAGACUGUUUUGAAGGGAUUAUCUGUUUUGAGACUCUCAAUCCUACCCAUAAGAAUACGGUUUCUGAUGAUGAAGAUGACAUUGAGUUUUUGGGAUCAGCUGCUGCUACAACUGAUGCUCCUAGCAGCCCUAAAAUUUUUGACAUAAUUGGGCAUUUUGCUCAGACCAAUCCAGUUGCAACAUUGCCCAAGACACCCAUUGUCUGCAAGCCACAAGAAUCUGCCAUAGAGCGUGCUCUCAAGAUUGCCAAAAUCAAUCCUCAGAGAACAUUGUUCUUUGAUGAUAGUGUCCGCAACAUCGAGGCUGGAAAACGUGUUGGUCUGCACACUGUGCUGGUUGGCACUUCCCAGAGACCAAAAGGUGCAGAUUAUGCAUUAGAAAGUAUUCACAAUAUCAAGCAGGCAUUACCAGAGCUGUGGGAAACCGACAUGAAAUCUCAAGUCCGUUACCCUGGCCAGGUUGCGGUUGAGACAUCUGUGACAGCUUAGAUCCUAAGUUAUUUCUUUCUUACUAUUAUGAGUAGUAAGAAAAGCCAUCAUGUCUAGUGGGAUCAUAUUGUCCCCAUUCCUCGCUAUUGUUCUGAUGAUGUAGAUGUCUUAUUCUGAUCUUCAUUAUAUAAAAUAUAAAUUUAUAAAAACAAAGCAAAAAUUCUACUUUU